CAAGUUGGAUAGUAGACCCCCGGCCAUCAAUGGACUGGGACGCUACCUACCAGAAGACUCCAAGUGAGGAGUUAGACCAUCAGUAUUCACCGUCUAGAUGGUCCAAGAGGAUGGGAUCUGAUGUCAUAGUUGCUGACCAUGCCCAGGUUACUGGAAUAGAAAGUGGGCAUGCUAAACGUGAUCUCGAUUGUGAACUGGACAUUCCAUACGGAAAGAAACCCAAACAGAAGUUAGAUAUAUUUGGGUCAAAAUCUCUGUCUUCAGAUGCUCCCAUCUUUGUUUACAUUCAUGGUGGAUACUGGCAAUUUUUAGAGAAGGAGAAGUCUAGUUUCAUGGCCCCUACCCUAGUCAAGGCUGGCGCUGUAGUGAUACCUGUUGGCUAUGAGUAUGCCCCACAAGCAAAUAUGGAUGAAAUUGUGACCCAGAUUAAGGAAGCAGUGACCUACAUCAUUAAGUGGGCAGUUCAGCGUGGGUCAAGAGGUGUGUACAUCAGUGGUCACUCCGCAGGCGCCCAUCUAGCCGCCAUGAUGCUCAGCGUGGAUUGGAUGACGGAGUGUAAUCUCACCUCUGAUAUUGUUAAAGGAGCCGUCCUAGUGUCAGGAGUGUUUGAUCUCCGUCCAAUAGUCUACACCUAUGUCAACGAUCCCUUGAAAAUGACAAGUGAAUCUGCCUGGAAUAACAGUCCUUGUAAACAUGUGGAAGCCAUAGCUCAUCUCAGUCGCCAUAGAAACAUACUUAUUGCAGUUGGAGAGUUCGACUCGCCAUCAUUUAUCAAACAGAGUCAACAAUUUGAAAAGGCAUUAGACACACGUGGACUAUCAACACGAUUUUUAAACAUUGAAGGGUUGGACCAUUUUAACAUAGUAGAAAAUCUCCGGUUUGAGGACAAUCUGCUUCUAAAGGAGGUACUGACACUGUUGGAACUUAUGUAACACCUCCCGGCUAUCCUGGUUUGUAAUAACCAUACAUUCAAACAGAGACUACCUUCUAGAACGUUGAAAACCUUCUUAAAGGAUUUGAUGCAGUCAAUGACUUAUCUUAAAAAUUACAGAAAUGUUCCAAUUCAGCAACAAAAGGCAUUUUGCUGUCACAUGUUGGAAAAA